UGUGUGUCGUCCCCUGAGAACAGAGCGCUCACACGUUCCCCUCGUCAGGCUCCUAAAGCUCCUCAACAUGAACUUCAUUGGUGUGCUGUCCGGCCUCAGCCUGCUGCUGGCUGCUGCUGUCGCCCAGGACCCCAAACCCUGCGUCAGUCCAGCGCUGAUGUCUGGAGGAAUCACUGUGAUGACUGGUGACGGACAAAUAAGCGACAUAGGAACAGUCAGCUAUGAUUCUUUCGGUCAGAGGAUGCGGGUCAGGAACUACAGGAUCUCCGGCAAUGAGACGUUUGCUGUGGACUGGCUGAUGCUUUACAGUCAGGAAGUCUAUUAUGAGAUCAACUGGAGCAGGUUCUAUUGCAAGAAGAAACAACUGAGUAACUCCUUCGUUCCCAUGCACGUUCCCUCUGAUGCCAAGCUGAUGGGUCAGGUUUUCAUGGGCUCCUCUUCCUCCUGGGGAAUGGGUGUGCUGGUCAACACCUGGUAUGGAGCCCUGCCCCCCAAUGGCUUCUACAGCACUGUCUUCAGUGAGAUUGGCUGCAUCCCUAUGACCUACACUGCCUACACACCAGCCUCAGGAUGGAUCACUAUCAGCACUUACAACUGGGUACUGGGCAACUCAAACCCGAUGGACUACAUACCUCCUUCCUUCUGUGACAAAGCAAAACUGGAGGAGACCGGCACACCAGAUAACGUGUUCACUAUUUUAGAGUCUCUGGCCAAGAAGACCAAGAAAGUGGAGUAAACAUCUGGAGCGUCUCACCCAGAUAAUCACUGACACCGCUGUCUUAGGGCGAGCAGAGCUAAAUUUGACCUCGAUCAUCAUGAAAUUAAAUAUAAUGUAGAUCAAUAUUAAUUCAAGGUUUUUUUUUACCUGCUAAGCCACCAGAAAACACAAGACACAGGAGUGUGUGCGGAAGUCAUUUUAACACACUCACACUUCAUUCAACCCUGUUGGCACUGUAGUAAUGGGGUAAAAACCCACACACCCCAUAUCUUGGUAUUGCAGA